AUGGCCACGUUGUGCACAGCAACACUUGGCAGUUCUGUUUCACCAAAGAGUCCAUCUCCGGCUCAUUUGUGUUCCUUACAGAGACGAAGCCAAUUCAUUACUGGCCCUAUUGGGGGAGUCCCACAUCUGAAGAGUGCAAGGAAGAGUUCGUCUUCGUCUCCUUCUUUUACCAUACGAUGUUUGAAAGGUGUUGCAGCCCCUACACCCGAUGUUCUUAGUCGCCUUUUCAAUGGAGGAGUUACCCCAACCCCUAUUUCAGACCGAACAGCCGUUACAAGACAUGACUUCCCUCCUGAUUUCAUUUUUGGCUGCGCCUCUUCUGCUUUGCAGACGGAAUCAUCAGCAACAAAAGGAGGGAGAGGACCCAGCACCUGGGAUUCUAUGCUAGAAGGAGGAGAUGCAGUCAACUCAUACAACCUAUACCCAGAGGAUGUUCAACAGCUUGUGAAAAUGGGAGCUAAUGCUUACAGGUUAUCCAUCUCUUGGAGUAGGAUCUUCCCUGAUGGAAUAAAAUCUGAUCGUCCAAACAAACGCGGUAUUGAUUUUUACAACAAGUUGAUUGAUGAACUAGUCAGGAAUGGUAUAACCCCGGUUGUGACACUUUUCCACUUCGACUUGCCCACGGCAUUGCAGACUAAGUACAAUGGGUUCUUGGACCCCCGGAUUAUAGAUGACUUCAAAGCCUACGCCGAUUUUUGUUUCCGAAAAUUUGGAGAUCGAGUAAAGUAUUGGGUUACUAUCAACGAGCCACAAGUGUUUGCACAAUAUGGGUACAAAAUAGGGCUGAACCCACCAGAUCCACUCCCAGUAACAAAUCCAUUCAUUGUCGCACAUAACAUCAUACUAGCCCAUGCCACAGUUGUUAAACUGUACAAAGAUACUUACCAGCCAACUCAAAAAGGAGAGAUUGGUAUUCCACUAGUGACCCAAUGGUUUGAGCCAUAUGAAUCUGGACGACAUGAUGACGAUGCAGCUAUGAGAGCGUUUGACUUCCUCACGGGAUGGUUUUUGGAGCCCUUGAUAUAUGGUGACUAUCCAUUCAUAAUGAAAGCUCUGGUGGGCGACAACCUUCCAACAUUUACUGAUGAACAAAAAUCUUUAGUUCAAGGAUCAUAUGAUUUCAUCGGUGUUAAUUACUAUACUUCUCGCUAUGCAAAGAGUCUUCCAAUGUUAGGUCCAGAUGAAUUUCCUGAGAGCCAAGCUGAUUUCCAACGUGUUGCACUCACGCGAUAUCCCGAGAAACGAGACGACACCAUUCCAGUGAAGACUGCCAUAAAGGAUGAUGCUCGAAUUCAGCAUAUGAUCGGUCAUCUUAAUGCAAUUUCUGAAGCAAUAAAGGCAGGAACAGACGUCAAAGGUUACCUCAUGUGGGCUUUGAUGGAUUGUAUGGAAGUGGGAUCAGGUUAUAAUGUUCGGUAUGGCCUUGCCUACGUAGACUACCUGAACAAUUACAAGCGAAUAGCAAAGAAAUCUUCUGGUUGGCUCUAUUCUUUCUUGAAUGCGCCCGCACCCAAACCAACACCUGCACCCAAAAAACGGAAAGCAGUCGAUGUUUGA